AUGUCCAGUCGCCCAGCCAAGCGUGCCCGCUCGGAUACAGAUACGAAUGCCGUUGACCCCUCCAAGCUUCCGGAGCUCGUCGACAGCAUCGACCCAAAAACAAUCGCAAGUCUCCUCAUUACCGCAGCGAAAAUCUACCCAGAAAUUGCGUCCAUCGUCCAACGGGAAGUUGAUCGCAUCGCCGCAACUGAGCGCACCAAAGUCCUGGACUUUGAUUAUCUCUCUAAGUCGGCGUGGAAGACACUGAACGUCACAUAUGAUCGCAUGAAGGGCUCGCAUGCAUAUGAGAUGGCCGGAGAGGCGGCAGAGAGCAUUGAGGCGUGCUUUGAGACAAUUCGAACCCGUUGCCCGAAGACUGCUAGUUUCAAGACCAAAGAGAGUGCACUGGAGACAUUGAGAAAGAUUGCGAAGUCGAUAUGUUUGAGCGAUGGGGUGGUGGGCCAUGAAAUUAGGCAGGACUAUGAUUCUGGAGGAGAAUUGGUGCCAGUAAUGUUGGAAAUUGCGGAAAGCCUGACAUCUGAAGAGCUGGAAAGGCUGAGGCCGUGGUGCGAUGAUAAGCUGAUAGAGCUACAAGGAAUUGCUGAUAGUUACUGCAUUUUCGAGGAUUUGGGUCAGGUCAUAGACCUUUGGGGUGGAGACGAGGAGGACGAGGACCAGAGCAGCAGUGAUAGCAACGAAGAAGUCGAAAGCAGAAGUGGAGAUGAAGAGGAAGUUGAGGAUGAAAGAUUCGUCGCGGGCAUGCUAGCCCAGAAACACUUUGAGAUACUCUGA